AGGCUGAGAGCAUCUCACAAUGAGUCAGUCACACAGCAGAGUGGAGCCAAACCUUAUUGAUGAUGAACUGGUUCAGAAAGCCAUUGAAGAGCAGUGCCCAGAGGACAUAGGGAUGCUUCUCAAGAUGGAAGGUAUUAACUUUAAGGAUGUGACAGAGCUACAGCUUAGUUUUAGGAAUAUCCUGCAGGUCGAUAAUCUGUGGCAGUUGGAGAAUCUGACUAAACUGCAGCUGGACAACAACAUCAUUGAGAAGAUAGAAGGUCUGGAGAGUCUGGUUCACCUUGUAUGGCUUGACUUAUCCUUCAACAAUAUUGAAGUAAUCGAGGGCCUGGAUACCCUUGUCAAACUGCAGGACCUCAGUCUCUACAAUAACAGAAUAUCUAAAAUUGAGCACAUGGACACGUUGCAGGAGCUGCAGAUUCUCUCCAUAGGGAAGAAUAAUCUGGCCAGUCUGGAAGAUAUGAUCUACCUCAGGAAGCUGAAGAACCUGCGCACGCUGAGCCUCACGGGGAACCCUCUCUGCCAGGACGAGCAGUACCCCCUCUUUGUGGUUGCCUCUCUCCCAGACCUGAUGUACUUGGACUUCGAGCUCGUGAGUGACACCACGCGAGAAGCUGCAGUUUUAAAGUAUCAAGAUCUUAUUGAGCCCUUGGAAAGUGAGGAGGCUCAAGCCCUGGCUCAGCUGGAGGAAAAGCAGGCGAAGCAGAAGGAGCUGGAGUACCACAAGACAGCCUUUGUUGAGCACCUGAAUGGAUCAUUCCUGUUUGACAGUAUGUAUGCUGAGGAUCCAGAAGCUGCCAAACUGGCUUACCUCCCUGGAGUGGGUGACCUGCUGCAGGCGUACAGGCAGGAGUUUGUCUCAGUUUGUGAGAAUCUGUUUAACUUUGGUCUGAAAGAGCAUGAAAAACGAGAAGCUGAAGUCUCUGAUUUCCACACAAGCCUUCAGGAAGCAUUAACAGCCAACCAGCAAGAAGGCAGGAAAAUCAUCCUGGACUUUGAACAUCAGAGCAGCAGGAUGCUGGAUGAGAUUCAUAAUGCCAGUAGUAAGGAUAUUGCUGAGUCUAAACAAGCUGAGUACCAGCAGGACAUACUUCAGCUGUCAGAAGCACUCAUGACCUUGGAAAUGCUGGUGGCUGACCAGGUGGAGGAACUGCUAAAGGAUUUUGAAAGCAACAUUGCUGCCAUAGCAUCGACAUUCAUCGAGGACGUUAAAGGGAUAAUGACCCAGUGCCGGGACCUGGAAAACCGUCACCACGAGAAGCUGCUGGAGAUCUCCAUCAACACACUGGAGAAGCUGCUCAAGAAUGAGCUCCACGAGGAUCUGCCAGAUGAUGUGCGAAUGCUUCUCAUGGACAAACCCUCCCUUGUCAACACCCUCAACGCCUCCCAUCACAUCCGCCUGCUGAAGAUCAACCUGAGGGAGAGUGACAUCCUCUGCAGCACCUACCGCUGGCAGGCCUCUGUGACAGAGCAGGCUUUCCAAGAGGAGGUCGACAGAAACCGCGAACGUGUCAGGGAGAUCGUUCAGUACAUCGACAACCUCCAGGAGGAGCUGGAUAACUUAAGAGAACUUGGAGACAAUGCAGCAGGUCUGCUGUGA